CGAGAGUCUCUCCUGUGGAUUAUCAUGUCUGUGCGGAUGUCCUGACUGCGCGUAACGGAGCCGCGUUUCAGUAGGAGCGCCGGACACCUUCAACGCAGGACACACACACACACACACACACACACACACACACACUUACACGAGAGAGAAAGAAGUUUAAAGCACAAGGACACGGACUGCUCGAGAUAAAGAUGAACCCCGUCGUGUUUAACAAGCUGGCCGGCCCGGUGCUGUUCGAGGAGAAGGCGAGCGAGGUGGAGAGGAGCAGCAGGAACUACCUGGAGGUGAUCGAUGAGCAGCACGCGGAUCUUCUCUCCAGGAGCCACCAGAUCACUGACAGCUCCGUGAUGCGACACAGGAGACCAGGGUCUCGUCAGGGCGGAGGAAAGGUCCGUCAUAAGCGCCAGGCUCUCCAGGACAUGGCUCGACCGCUCAAACAGUGGCUGUACAAACACCGCGACAAUCCGUAUCCCACCAAGACCGAGAAGAUCCUCCUGGCGCUCGGCUCGCAGAUGACCCUGGUGCAGGUCUCGAACUGGUUUGCGAACGCUCGGCGGCGGCUGAAGAACACGGUGCGGCAGCCGGACCUCAGCUGGGCUCUCAGGAUCAAACUCUACAACAAAUACGUCCAGGGCAACGCUGAGAGACUCAGCAUCAGCAGUGAUGACUCCUGCUCAGAAGACGGUGACCCGGCCACUCGAGCCCAGACGGGUGAGUUCAGCAAGCCCAUGUACCAGAGCGUCAUCAAAAAAGAGGGCAGCGGCGUAGGGGCGGGUCUCCGGGCGGCCACAGACGCCUCGUUGGCUGAGGACUACGUGUCUCCGCCAAAGUACAAGAGCAGCCUGCUACACCGCUACCUGAACGACUCGCUGCGCCACGUGAUGGUGGCCAACGGUGUGACGGACGCCCGCAGGAGGAACCACUCGGGCUCCUUCAGCUCCAACGAGUACGACGAGGAUCUCCUGUCGCCGUCCUGCUCGGAAACCGAGGCCAACUUCGUCUACCGUACAGAGGCUGUGGAUCAUGGAUCAAGUAAAUGUGACAACGUCACGCCGAAGGAAAAGGGACGCGGAAAAGAUGAGACGUACUGGCGAGAGAUCAACGCAGCCAUGGCCCUGACCAACCUGGCCAAGCCUAAAGACGGAGCUCCUGCAGGAACCACCAGCUGCAUCAUCCAGAAGUCCUCUCAUAUAGCCGAAAUCAAGACUGUCAAAGUACCCAUCAUGCACAAGUACUAGCAGCAUCCGCGUCCGGACCACAGCAACAACACCACAACGUGACUUCCUUUACUUCUGGAAUCUGAAUAUUUUUUUUCGUCAUUGUUGUUGUACUUUACGAAUAUGAAGUAGACUCUUUUUUUAUUGGUACUUCGAGUUGUUGUUAAAGUGCCCUGAAACGCAGCACCUCGGUGUUGUUUGGAGGGUUUGUGCCUUUUUUGGAUGCACAAGCGCUUUUCAUAAUGUAAGUGUUGAUGACGGUAUUGCAGAACGAGACACUUUUGCAUUUGUUAACUUAUUUUGAUAUGACUUUUUUUUUUUUUUUCCUUUUUAUACUCUGGAAAUUUCUAUUUCUGUAUCUCGCCAAAGUGCCUUCGUGUAAUCUUUAAAAAGGAGAAGUGCACAUGUUCGACGUGACGUUCGCUUCCGGGGUGCGCUUCCUGAAGUUAUUGCAGAGAUUCUACAGGUUUUCUCUUUGUUUGUUUAUUUCUCAAUAUUUAUACGGUGCCCAAGGUUCAGAACGAUGAUACAAUAAUCAUACAGUGUCAUGUUUACACCAUUUUCAGUGAUUUGUCAUUAACAGAUACAACAUGUUCCUUUCAUAACUCCAGCCUUACGUUCUACAGCAGGUUAUUGAUCUCACCAUUUUAACUGACCCUCAGACUUUUUAUCAACAUGUCAAGCAAUUUCAUACAGGAGCAAGCUAUUAUUUUCUACCCAGAUCAUAAGCAAGCGUUUGUUUUUAUAAAUACGCACUGAAAUGCUACGAGCUUUCUAAAGCCUGAAAUUGCUUCUGCUUCUUACGUCUAUGCAAGAUUGGCUGCUGCACGUGUCCUGCAGUCGCUACAACAAAUAAUGUAUAGCUAUAUCAUGUGACACCGGCGUCCACUAGCGUUGUGUCUUAAAUUUAAUACUUAUAUACUAUUCUAGACUAACAACAACUAGUUUUCAUAUUACGGCUAGAAUUAGCUUAAAUAUAUAUAUAUAUUUUUUUGAAAAAUCACACUUGUGUAACCUUUAAACCUUCCCCGCGGCCUGUCUUACACCAACCUUCUGUAUUUUAUAGAUUUAAAAAAAAAAAAAAAAAACGCAUUUUUCAAACUAAGAUCAAUCACGACGGCGGUGUAAAGUUUUUAAAAACUCGCCAUGUUUAACAUCGCUGUUUAUGAAACAUUAUGUGAACUUCUACACACAAAUUCACGCAUGGGGUAUAAACCAGGACUAAGUGUGUCAGUAGGUUUGAUAGACCAGUGGUCAGGAUUGCACUGCUCGCGUUGUGACGUCAGAUCAGACUUGGCUAGCUUAGCGAUGCCCGACUUGAGCAAAAGCGGUUUUCUUUUUUUCUUUCCCGCCAAGAUGUGGAGUUUAACUUUUCAUACUAUGUUAUUCGAUAAAAAGCAAAUAACGUUUAUGAAGUAACUCUAUAUCUAACGACCGAGCUACUGUUCACUUGGCUGGACAUCGAGUGAAAGAAAGACAUUCGUCUUCUGAUUUAUUAGGGCUCAACAGCUAUAAAACAAUUUAGACUCAGCAUUUAAUAAUAAGUGCCUAAUAAUAAUAUUAUUAAUCAUAUUAAUAAUAAUAAUAUUAUGUGUAAAUAAUAGCACAUUAACCCACUUUGCCAACAUAACCAACAAAAACCGUGCAUGCACUACAAUUCAGCUUGCCGACACUGUGCGCUUCCACGGUAUACCCAGGACACAUUUAGAUUAUUAUUUUUUUUUGUCCAUUUCAUAUUUAAGAGACGUCCAGGCUCUCAGACAUUCCAGGAUGCGGAUCAAAAGCAGCUAAAGUGCCUCUAAGAAAAGACGAACUGCUCUUAGACCCGUCUGCGUAUCGCGAAGAAGCGAUGGAGAAAACACAUGGUGUUAAAUUGCUGUGAUAUGACUCAAUAGGACAUAUGUCCACGAACACACACACGCACACACGCGUAAGCCUGUAAUUAUAACAUGUGGCCGCAAUUAUCAUACUGGUUUGUCUUUUUAGCAGAUCAUUUAUCCAUCAUCUGCCAACACCACGGAAAGUUCUGUCAGCAGCAAGUGUUUAAUGUAGCGCUGCUUUAAUGCAAUGUGAGCCUGAUUCCUGCAGACACACACCGUGUUGUUCAACCAUCACAUCGCAUGCGCCAACCAGUGCCGGUCUUCAUCCCUCUUACUGACACGGUCGAGAUCCUCAAAAGAAUAAAGAGGGGGGAAAAAACCUACUUUGUGUUAAAUCUUAAACUCUACAGCGUGAAGAAGCCGAGGUCGGAACAACGCAUGACUCUUCACGCAGGAAAUGAGUCUGGACACUUGACAUACAAGUCCUGAGUAAAGAUUCAUCUGAAGUUUAGGUUUGGAGAGAGGACCGAGAAGUCUCAAGACGAGUCCGGAAUAAGGAUGGAAGUCUAACGACAUCCUGAUUAUCUGUCUUUAAUCAGGACAUUUUAAUGACAUACGAUUUCAAAGUCAAGGCCUAAGUGAAGACAGACAAAUCUCAAGUCCUGACCCAAAUAAGGAUGUGGAAAGACAGAAAUACAGUACAGAUCUCAACGAGUGUAAAGACAAAGGUCAUGUCCUAAUUUAGGACAGGCCAACAGGUUAAUUCUCAUGUAAAGACAGUCUUUUCCAGGGUUAAGGCACAUGUAAAGAGUUUCAAGCCAAUCUCUAAUAAAGAUACUGUAUAUUACAGUAGCACCAGGACAGGGUAAGAGCAGGGACAGACUCGAGGCAGGUCACAAGUCUGCAGUAUGAGCCUUAAGUUGAAUAAUUUAGAUCUUAAAUUCCAGGUAAAAACAGACAAGUCAUGUUCCAAGUAAGUUCCCAAGCAGAGACGUACGAGUCUUAAAUCAAAUCGCAAGUAAAGACAUGAAAAGCCUCCCGUCGAGUACAGAACAGGGACAGACGAGUCUCAAAUCCCAAGUAAUCCAGGACAAGUUUCAUAUAAAGUUCAGACAUAUUGACCUACAAGGCUUAAGAUGGAUCCCAAGCGAAAGUGUCAAAGCCCAACUCAAGACCAGAGUGGAGAAAUAUGACAAGGAUCAAGUAAAGACAAGAUAGUGAAGAAUAAAAACAGACAAAUCCAGGAUCAGGUCCCACGUCGAGGCACACAAGUCUCAAAUCAUGUCCCAAAUCCCAGUCAAAGACAUAAAGAUUUAACAAGCUUCAGUUUAAGUGCAAAUCUCGAAUCAUGUUCCAGGUCAAGAGACACAAGUCUCAUGUCGUGUUCCGAGAAAAAACGGACAAAUCUCAACUCCCAUCCAGAGGAAAGCCUCGCUUUACGUUCCACAGACAAAAUCUUAAGUCAUUUACCGCAUUCUGCAGACGUUCUCAUCCGGAGCGACUUACAUUUUUAUCACCUUAAACAUCUGAGCAGUUAUGGUUUAAGGCCUUUUUUAAAGACUUUGAACCUGGGACCUUCUGAUCAAUAGUCCAACACCUGAACCACUGGCUAAACCCAUGCUACACCCUAAAGUCCCAAGUCCAUUUCCCUACUUAUCAUUUUUUUUUCCCCCACAAGCCAGAAGGUUACUGCAACUGAAAUGUCCAGGGUUUGAAUGUUUGGCGGUGAGGGUCACGACCCAAAGGGACGUUUACCUUGUUAUCAGUAUUAUACUGUAAUAAAUGUGUGUCUUCUCAUAUGUUCCUGCUUAAAAGCAGAAAUCUUGGCCCGUGUUAAACAAAGUCUGCAGCUGGUGAGAAUUAAGGCUCAAAUUGAUGUUUACAAGACGCAAGAAACAGACAUUUAUGUUUUCUGAAAAGAAACACCACUUCAGUAUUACUUCAGUUUGGGAAUGAAUGAAAGUAUAAACCUUUGUGUGUGUGUGUGUGUGUGUGUGUGUUUGUGUUGUGAUUUCUCUGGUAUAGUAAAGAUGUUGUUUACUCAUAAGAUCAUGCAGUUCUGCCUUGAAUGGGACUAAUCUCUUUACAUAUUUAUGUGAAGUAUGCAAACAGUACCGACGCAGGGACACUUUAUGAAAGACAGCAGUAUAAAACGAAGGUGGUGUGUAUGUGUGUGUGUGUGUGUGUGUGUGUGUAUAUCAGAAAGGUGUACGUGUAUAUCCUAUGGUACUGUAGCAUGUGUUUUGUUUUUUUGUUUUGUUUUUUUUUGUUUGUUUGUCCUCCGUGUCCUCUGGCCUUACGCCUGUUGAACCCAACCAGUCCGAUGGUGAGACGGGCCAAAGGAUUUCUUCGUAAAGGCUGCAUGCGUGUCUUCUCACAUUCAGUGAUGGAGUUUGUUCUCUCACAGCCUGAACUCUACAGACACUGGUGUUCAAGAACUCACAAUCCAGUCAAACAUGUGCAUGCCUUUUUUUUUUCUUUUUUUUUUUCUUUUUGGACAAAUGAAACAUUCCAGUUUAUUUCCUGAUGCUGCUGGUAAGACUGUCUCACCUCUGAGUCAGAAGACUAUUUGAACGCGUACAUCCCCCUUUUUAAUUCAAGAGGGAAUUCUGCGAUGCUUCGAAUCUCCAAUGAACUUUACGGAUCAAGGUGAAAGGAAGAUGUUGCAAGCGAGGAGACAUCCAUCAUCCAGAAUGGAUCACGUUUAAGCCUGAACCUUUUUAUUUGCCAGUUUUUGUACUGUAAUUUGUUUCAGGUUCGGUUUAAUUAUUCCCCUGGACAAUAUUUGCUUUCAAAAGAUGAUGAUGGACAAAAGGCAAUUGUUGCAUUCGUACUUCACAACAUCUUUAAAUUAUUACGGACUGUUAAGAGAAAAACAGGAACUGGCAAUGAUAGCCUAAUUUUUCUUAAAUCUAAGUUAUAUAUAUUUUUUAUGUUGUUUCUUUAGAGACUGGAUGUUUAUCCAAUGACCAAAUGCAUAAUAGCUCAUUUAUCCUCUGGUUUUCUAUUGCUUCUUCCCCAGGAACUACAGUAUGUUUACU